CAGUGAAGGGGGUGGGGGUAGACCUAGAUAAACAGAUCAAAGGUGAAUGGGGCCUGCAGGCCACUGAGUGAGAUCCAGCUAGGAGAAGGGGACAUGGGCUUCCUGAGCAGGCUGAGUCUCUUGCUGGCAGUGGUGAUGCAACAAGUGGGCAGCAGCCCGUGGCCAAAGGCUGUAUUUGGACGCCUCACAUCCCCCGGCUUUCCUGAAGUGUACCCCAACAAUGAGGAGCAGAGCUGGAACCUGACAGUCCCCCCUGGCUACCAAAUCCGCCUCUACUUCACCCACUUCAAUCUGGAGCUGUCCUAUCUCUGUGAAUACGACUUUGUGAAGCUCUACUCUGGGGGCAAGCUGCUGGCCACGCUAUGUGGGCAGGAGAGCACGGACACUGAGCAGGCGCCUGGCAACCACACCUUCCACUCAGUGGGCAGCAGCCUCCACAUCGCCUUCCGCUCUGACUAUUCCAAUGAGAAAGAUUUCACAGGCUUUGAGGCUUUCUAUGCGGCUGAGGACAUUGAUGAGUGCCAGGUGCCACCUGGAGCAGACCCCAUCUGUGACCACUACUGCCACAAUUAUCUGGGCGGCUUCUACUGCUCCUGCCGAGCAGGCUUCAAACUCCACAAAGACAAGCACACCUGCUCAGCCCAGUGCUCAGACCAGGUCUUCACCGAAAGUUCUGGAGUGAUUAUGAGCCCCGACUACCCCCAGGCCUACCCCAAACUCUCCAGCUGCAGCUAUAGCAUCCAGUUGGAAGACGGAUUCAGUGUCAUCCUGGAAUUUGAGGGUUCCUUUGAUGUGGAAACUCACCCAGACACCCUGUGUCCCUAUGACAUCCUGAAGAUUAAAACAGACAAGGAGGAAUACGGGCCAUUCUGCGGACAGACCUCGCCCCCCCAGAUUAACACCAGAAGCCACACUGUAACUAUCAUCUUCAUCACGGAUGCCUCGGGAGACCACACUGGCUGGAAGAUCCGAUACCGGGGCUUAGCCCAGCCAUGCCCUAAUCCAAUAUCGCCACCUCAUGGCCUCAUUGCGCCAGUGCAACCGAAAUACAUCAUGACGGAACGCUUCUCUCUCUUUUGUGAGACGGGAUACGUCCUUUCCAAAGAUGAAAGGAUUUUGGAGUCUUUUACUGCAGUCUGUCAGAAAGGUGGAACCUGGGACCAAGCAAUGCCAGAAUGCAGCAUUGUUGACUGCGGCCCACCCAACGAUCUACUCAAUGGCCAAGUGACAUACAUCACAGACGGUGAGCUGACCACCUAUGAAGCUGUGAUUCAAUAUAGCUGCAAGGGCCCCUUCUACACUAUGAAAAUGAAGAAUGACGGUAAAUAUCGGUGUGGGGCUGAUGGCUUCUGGAAGAGCUCCAAGGGAGACAAUUCACUCCCAGUCUGUGAGCCCGUCUGUGGUGUGGCAUCUCAGAGGAUGGAACGAGUGCUUGGAGGGAGCAAGGCCAGGCUUGGUGAAUUUCCCUGGCAAGUCAUGCUGCUCGGGGAAGCUCUGGCUGGAGGUGCACUAUUAUAUGACAACUGGGUUCUGACGGCUGCUCAUGCGAUACAUGAGCAGAGAGACCUAUCGUCUCUGGAAAUCAGGAUGGGCGUUCUGAAGAGAUUAUCACCUCAUUAUACGGAAGCCUGGGCAGACGCAGUCUUUAUACAUGAGGGUUACACAUACGAUGAGGCCAACUUUAACAAUGACAUUGCACUGAUUAAGCUAAAGCAUCAUGUUGACAUCAACAGGAAUGUCACACCAAUUUGCUUGCCAAGAAAAAACGGAACCCGUGUGAAAGCAAAUGAUUUGGGAAUGGUGUCUGGCUGGGGAAGGACUGCAAAGGCUUUCAGAGCCCAGAGCCUAAUGUAUGCCGAGUUACCAGUUGUUGACCAGCAAACGUGUCUGGCAGCAUUCGAAAACAAGAAGUCCCCGGGAGGGAAACCUCUUGUCCUAACUGACAACAUGCUAUGUGCUGGUUUUCAAAGCGGUGGAAAGGAUUCUUGUUCCGGGGACAGUGGAGGGCCCUUAGUGUUUCUAGACCAUGAGACCAAAAAAUGGUUUGUAGGAGGGAUUGUGUCUUGGGGCUUAGGAUGCGGUGAGGCGAAUCAGUACGGAGUUUAUACCAAUGUUGUUAACUAUAUUUCUUGGAUUGAGAACAUAAUUUUGAAUAAUUCUUAAAACUGCAGAAACCUCCAAUAACUUCUCCCUUAAUAAAAGGUACUUUCCAAGCAA